CGGAUUAAUUGCGGCUCGAGACAGAGAAGGAGACAGAGAGAGAAAGAGAGAGAAAGGGUAGGGGAAGGGAGGCGAACGAGCGAGAGAUCGCGCCGGCAGCGCGGUGGCGCGCAGCGACACUAACGGCCGCGGGUAGGUACGCCUCAGUGCAUGAUUGGCGCAGCGGUGGACGGUUCUCACGGCGAGAGGAGCGCGGAUUCGGCGGCGCGGAUUGACGACGCGCGCGAAUACAUCCCGCGACGAAGUGUUCGGCGGCACGCGUGCAGCAAGCGGAUCGAUCGUGACCGCGGGCCUGAGUGAGUCCGGAUAUCGGGAAUCUGGUUUCUGUGUGAAACGCUGCGAGAGCGCGGCGCAGACCUCGUGUCGAUUCGCGCGGCUCCGUUACGUUGACGGCGACAACGACGAGGAGGACGGUGGUGCGGGAGACUACGGGCUUGUGCUUCAUGAGUGCCCCGGACAUCGCCACACUGCUCCAAAGGGACGACGACGACUACCUGUCGCGAGGAUUUUCCUGCGCGGAUCAUCGGCUGGCGGCCCUCGCGUCGCCUUCGCAUUGACGGCGCCGUAGCCAAGAUCACGAUGACUAUGGACGUGAGCAAAUCCGAGACGAAUAAAAAUGGCUCGACGCAGCAGGAGUGCGCCGGCUGCGGCAAGACAAUUACAGAGAGGUACCUCCUCAAGGCCUUGGACCUCUACUGGCACGAGGACUGCCUCAAGUGCGGAUGCUGCGACUGUAGGUUAGGAGAGGUCGGCUCUACCCUCUACACCAAAGCUAACCUUAUCCUCUGUAAGAGGGACUACCUCAGGCUCUUCGGCAACACGGGAUGCUGCGCGGCAUGUAACAAACAAAUACCGGCGUUCGAGAUGGUCAUGAGGGCCAGGACGAAUGUCUAUCAUCUCGACUGCUUCGCCUGUCAACAGUGCACUCAUCGGUUUUGCGUGGGCGAUCGGUUUUACUUGUGCGAGAAUAAGAUUCUCUGCGAGUACGACUACGAGGAGAGGCUAGCCUUCGCUAAUAUGGCGUUACAGACGCCCGCCUCAUUAGCAUACAUUAAAAGGCAACUUCCUCCUACACCGACGCCUCCGGGCCAGAACAUGCACCCGGGACACAAUCCGCUGCAGGCUCAUCAAGGUCUGGGGCAGUCGGUGGCUCAACACAAUCACGUGCCCAACGGUCAAAUGUCGGGCGGCGCGCCGACGGUGAACGGGACGGCUAUAGGGGUCGGCGGGCCGAGAGCGCCGGGUGACAUGAACAACAACGGUCUGUCUGGGCCCGCUCUCGGGCCCGUAAAGCCGCCCCCGAUGUCGAUGCAGGCGCCGACCAGCUGAAACGAGGCUUCGCCGCCUCUGAAGAAGCUCAGGUGUCUCAGCGGUUACUAAGACCGACGGGGAGUUCUCCUCGCUCUCUGUGGAGAUAAUUGAAUAUUUCAAGCAGCGGGGAGGAGGGAAGGACGAAGGAGCGGGACGAGAGAAGUAUACGUUGCACCGCUGAGAACGCCGAAAUGGACAGAAGGGGUCGUUGAGGGGUCAAAUAGUGACGGACCGGGGGUGGGAGGCGGGAGGAUGGGGCGCGGAAUGCGCGCGUGAAGGAUCAGACGCGAAACGGAGUCCGAAUUCGGGUGCUUCGGUGGACGAAGUGACGUUCGAAAGUCGGAGAUUGGAAUCACUGUGAUCGUGGAAAAUGAACAAAUUUCAUGGCGGAUAUGUUAAUACAGUAGGACACGCGCGAGGUGCAGGCUAGAGAUCGCUCGGUACACCGUAUUUACGAACAGACACCCACGCACACAUAUACACGCGUACACCGCACACAUCGCACCCGGACACGCAGACGUCCAAGCGACGUCGUGAGAUUCCCCUCAAACAUCGUUUGGCCGUUUGCGUAUACCGUUCGGGGGCUGAUGCACACAUCUGCAUCUUGUAAGAUACGACGACACGAGACACACACACACACACACACGUAAGGAUAAAUUAGAUGAUUUAUGUAAGAUAUAUUUCUAGCGAGGGAGAGACACACGAAACACGGGAAUGAAUGUGGCUCUCAGCGAGUGCGUGCGUGCAUGUGUGAGUGGCGGAGUCACCUGUAAAUAAAUCUAUGUCGUAUUCGACUCCGCGCGUGUGAGAAAGAGAGAGAGAGAGAGAGAAAGAGGACAAGAGGAAAAGGGAAGACGAAACAAUUACCAGUAUACGCAGGCCCACCAAAAUGACUCUUUUAUCCCGCUCGUGAUACCGCCGUCGUCCAUCCGUAAGGAUGUGGAGCGCCAAUUCGGAGAAGAAAAACUGUGAGAGAAAGAAAGAAAGGAAAGGAGAGAGGGAAAAAGGAAGACGAACUUUCGGCGAGAGCGAAGAGGACACGAGGGGUUCUGUAACACGUGCCAUAAUCCUGCGAUCUCUCGUUGCUCAGCCGGCCGAAGGAACGCUGCUAGGAAGAGGGAAAGGGAAAAGUAAGACGAUAAUUAUUUUGUAUUUCGCGCGAUCGCUGGGCGAAUCGGUCAGCGCGGGUCUUCGAUUAUCUUCCAGUGCUCUCGCGCGCGCGUCUCUCUCAAAUUCAUACGCCGCUAAAGUAAUUUUUCCCUCAUCGCGCGUAGCAUUUGGAAACGGACUUGUGGCGACUUCGGUCGACAUUAAUUUUCGUGUCCCUCUAGUCUCGUGAAAUUUUUCCGUUAUGUCGCGCGGUCGUUGGUUCUCGCGUCGGCGUGCUCGGACAUGCCGUCGCGAGACAGUCGAUACCAAAGAGAUAAUUAAAGACAUUAGGUUAAGAACCCCUCGGAGCGAGCGCCGCAGAGAGAGAGAGAGAGAGAGAGAGAGAAUUUUGGACAGCCCGACGCGCGUCACGGCAAAUUAUUUUUCACAGGCAUCCACUCCGGCGAGUGCUCGCGAGGAGCAACGGCGGAUUAUCGUAUGGGUCCCUCUCCCCCCAAUCGGCCCGGAAUCGCUCUCGUUGGACAAGCGCGAAUCGGAAGAGCAGAUUUCAUCUUUCAACGUUCUACCGAAUCCGCCGAGAAACUGGCGAUAAUUCUCGCGAGUUUCUCGCGAGUUCGAGAUGCGUUCGAGAUGCAGUCGUGGACGGUCCCGCGGGUCUCGAAAUAACUCUCGAUCGAACUGGGAAUCCUCGAGUACGUUAAUCCGCCGGCGAUGAUGAAGUCGCGAGCCGGGAUGGCCGUCGGAGCGACGAAGGGGCUUAGUCACUUAGCUUUAACGCUUCAAUGCCAAAAAUACGGGCGGCGCUUAUCUAUACCAAACGCCAAACGGCACACACACACACACACACACACACACACACACACACACACACACANCACACACACACACACACACAC